AUGGCUUCUUUGCUUUUCUGCGGUCUUAAACUGGCAGCAUGUGGACUGGUCCUGAGCAUUUGGGGUGUCAUUAUGCUGCUAAAUGAAAUAUUCUCUAUUGCAAUGCUGGAGAUUUUUUUCACCACACAUUCAGCCGCGCUCAUAGAGGAUGUACCUUUCACAGAGAAAGACUUCAAAAGCUCUGACUUCAGGGGGGAAGCACUGCAAAACAUCUAUACAUUGUACAACAAAGUUGGAUACAAUUGCUUCAUUGCAGCAGUACUCUAUGUUGGCAUAGGAUUCUUGUCAUUUUGUCAGGUUCGCCUGAACAAGCGUAAGGAAUAUCUGGUGCAUUAGUACCACCUAGUGAUUGCAGAAUAACUCUACCUCUAAAUUACCUGGUUGUGUUUGUAAUAAUGCUUGAAUGAAUGUAGAUAAUUAAGAAUGUAUUAAACUGGGAUUUUCUUUAUUGCCUUUCUAUCUUGAAGCCUAUCAUAAAAUA